GUCUGUCAAACUGACACUGUCAAAGUGGAGAAAUAAUCAACAAAUUCACCAAAAUUUCAAAUCACUUGGGUUUUUUGCAUAAUUUUUAAGUUUUAAACCAUGUCGAACACAAUAAAAGACGUAGUGCUAUCAGAUGAUAGACCCAAGUCUCUGCUAUUACAGAAACAUUCCGACUAUUUAGCUUCAUACGGCCUAAACAAGGAUGACUAUGAAUACUGCAUGACGGAAUAUCUGAGGAUGUCGGGAAUUUACUGGAGUCUCACAGCUAUGGAGCUCAUGGGGCAGUCGCACAGAAUGCCAAAGGAAGAAAUUAUAGAGUUUAUAAAGUCAUGUCAAGACACAGAGUCUGGUGGUGUGUCCUCCAGUGUUGGCCAUGAUCCUCACAUGCUUUAUACACUAAGCGCUGUUCAGGUCCUAGCAAUGUAUGACCGGUUAGAUUGCUUAGAUGUGGAGGGUUUAGUUAGAUUUGUAUCAUCACUACAAAAUGAAGAUGGAAGCUUUUGUGGUGACAAGUGGGGCGAGGUGGACACUCGGUUCUCGUUCUGCGCCGUCAUGUGCCUCUCGCUCCUGCAGCGGCUGGACGCCAUUGACGUGAGCAAGACGGUCGACUUCGUGCUCAGCUGCAUGAACUUUGAUGGAGGGUUUGGAUCGAAACCCGGCUCGGAAAGUCAUGCGGGUCUGAUCUACUGCUGCGUGGGCACUCUGUCGAUAUGCAAGCGGCUGGACGCGCUGCGAGCCGACGAGCUGGCGUGGUGGCUGUGCGAGCGACAGCUGCCCAGUGGCGGCCUCAACGGACGGCCGGAGAAGCUGCCUGACUUGUGCUAUUCUUGGUGGGUAAUGUCAUCGUUAUCAAUGCUGAACAGAAUACACUGGGUGGACAAGAAUAACCUCAAGCAAUUCAUAAUGGCGUGUCAGGAUGCAGAGACUGGCGGCUUCAGCGACAGACCUGGCGAUAUCACGGACCCAUUCCAUACCCUAUUUGGUCUCGCGGGCUUGUCCUUACUGGGAGAAACUGCAAUCAAACCCGUCAACCCCACGUAUUGCAUGCCACAAGAAACCAUAGACAGGCUAAAAUUGGAACCACAAGUUUUACACAUAUAGUAGGGUAAAUUAAAAUUAAUUGAAUCAUGUUA